GCGCCCUCCGCUCCAAGAUGGCGGCGGCCGGGCGGGGCUGAGCGGGCCCGGGCCGCCCCGGUGCUCCCGCCAUGCUGCCCCGGGCCGCUUGGGCGGCUCUCCGGUAACACCGGGCGGCUCUCCGGUAACACCGGGAAGCUCUCCGGUAACACCGGGCGGCUCCCGGUAACACCGGGCGGCCCCGCGAUGCUGCGGCGGCUGCUGGAGCGGCCGUGCUCGCUGGCGCUGCUGGUCGGGUGCCAGUUCGCUUUCGUGGCGUAUUUCUCGCUCGGUGGGUUCCGCAACCUCACGGCGCUGUUCGGUCGCUCCGCCGGUCCCGUCGUGGAUUAUUCGCGGACCCACGACGUGUACGCCAACCUGAGCCGCGUCGGUGGCGGCACCGGGAAUGGCCCCGCGGCGACGCCGGAUCCUGCAAGGCCGCUGCCGUUCUGCCCCGAGAGAUCGCCGUUCCUCGUGGGCCCCCUGGCCGUGUCCUUCUCGCGGGCGCCGUCGCUGGAGCAGAUCCGGGCCAAGAACCCGGGGGUGCGGCGGGGGGGGCGCUACCGGCCCCCCCAGUGCGAGUCCCGCUCCAGGACCGCCGUCAUCGUCCCCCACCGCAACCGGGAGAGCCACCUGGGCCACCUGCUCUACUACCUGCACCCCUUCCUGCAGCGCCAGCAGCUGCACUACGGCAUCUACGUCGUGCACCAGGCCGGGAACUGCACGUUUAACCGGGCCAAGCUGCUGAACGUGGGCGUGAAGGAGGCGCUGAAGGACGAGGACUGGGACUGCCUGUUCCUGCACGACGUGGACCUGAUCCCCGAGAACGACCACAACCUGUACACGUGCGACCCCUGGAACCCCAAACACGCCUCCGUGGCCAUGAACAAAUUCGGGUACAGCCUGCCGUACCCGCAGUAUUUCGGGGGGGUCUCGGCGCUGACCCCAGACCAGUACAUGAAGAUCAACGGGUUCCCCAACGAGUACUGGGGCUGGGGGGGCGAGGACGAUGACAUCGCCACCAGGGUGCGCCUGGCCGGGAUGAAGAUCUCCCGCCCUCCCGUCUCCAUCGGCCACUACAAAAUGGUGAAACACAAGAGCGACAAAGGCAACGAGGAGAACCCGCACAGGUUCGACCUGCUGGUGCGCACGCAGCGCACGUGGACGCAGGACGGGAUGAACUCGCUCAGUUACGCGCUGCUGGCGCGGGAGCUGCUCCCGCUCUACACCAACCUCACGGCCGACAUCGGCUGCGACCCCCGCGCCCGCGCCCGCCCCGGUGCCGCCGCCGGUGCCGCCGCCGCCAGCCGCUUCCGGCAGGAGAUGCUGCGCAAAGCGCCCCGCGAGGACCUGCCCGCGCUGCUGCCGCUGCCGCUGUCGCUGUCACCGCCCCGCCGAGAGGGGACAGUGACGGUGACAGCGACAGCGAGGGGGGGCAAUCAGAGCGUGGCAUCAGCCCUGCCUUGA